AUGGACAGCUUUCAGAUCUUCACCACCUCGACCAGUCUGGUCGACAGCGUCGACAAGAAGCUGCUGGUUGUGCUCAGGGACGGAAGAAAGCUGAUUGGAAUCCUUCGCUCCUUUGACCAGUUCGCUAACUUGGUACUCCAGGAUACGAUUGAGAGGAUAUACGUUGCCGACACCUACGGAGACAUCCCCCGUGGCAUCUUUAUCAUCCGUGGCGAGAACGUCGUCCUCCUUGGCGAGAUCGAUGAAGACAAGGAAGAUGAGUCACCGCUGCGCCAGGUGCCAGUUGAGGAUGUGCUCCAGAUCCAGCGGGAGGAAAUGGAGGCCAAGGUCAAGCGGGAAAAGACAAAGCACCGCAUGUUGAGCGAUCAGGGCUUCUCUGUUGACAUUGCCGAGUUUGGCGAGUUGUACUAA